AACGACACGAUGCAACUGCUACAGCAGCAGCUUCCGGGCAUCGCUGCUACAACCGCGACGGACGCAAUCAAAAGCGCUGCGACACAAAACCAUGGAUGCCUCGUCGUCGUCGUCGUCGUUUUCGUCGUUUGAAAAUCCGUGUGAACUGGUGCGAACGACGUGCCGGAGAUGGAUGGAAGAGGAACCACCCGUGGUGGAGGCAGCCGGAGGGAUCGGUUGUGACGAAACCGCCGGGUGGGAUCGGACCGAUCGACACGGGGAAGGCCGCCGCUCGGUCCGGAUCCGGUUCGAUCGCCUCCCCGCACUGGCGGAGGAGAUCCGGACGCAGCGGCGCCGCCAGGAAACAGCGGACGGUGCCACCCACAAAGACGAACGGAGCGAUCGCGAUCGCCGAGAAGGAGAACCAACCGAGGCAGAAGCCGGGGAAUCCACUUCGGGGGACAACGACGGGCAGGAAUCGUGGAUCGAGUGGGACACGGAGGGGUGGCAUUACAGCGGCGAGGGUUUCGUGGGAAGCGAGAAGGAACGGAGGGAACGGGUUGCCCUGUAUUUGUUGGCACUGGACGCCAUCAAUUUUUGUUUCUGGCCCCUGCCAGAGGGCAGCGGGGGAGAAGAGGACCGUUCUGCUCGGAGCAGCAGCCACAGCAGUCGCAACAAUUUGCUGGAAUACGAACACCUGGCAAUCGCUCUCAAGAAGAUGGCCGAGGCCGAUCACACGACCCCCAAGGAUCCGCGGGAACCCCGGCCCGAGUAUGCCUUUUCGGCCAGGAGCCUGUCCGCUGCGACCCCCGAAUCCAUGCUCGCCUCGCUGCGGCCGUUCCUGGAUCCGAAGAAAUACCCGCUCCCCAACCCCGAGCAGCGCGCCGCGCUCUGGAGGGAGGUGGGGGAGGGCCUGGAAAAGGACUACGGCGGGUCCGCUCUGGCGCUGCUGGAUCGCGCCGGGAAAAAUGCCCCGAAGCUGGUGGAGCGGAUCGCGGCCUCCUUUCCCGGAUUCCGGGACGAGGCGUACCUCCCGAAGGGCGGCGAACCAAACAAGCGCAAUCCUCCGCAGCGGCACCACCAGCGGCUGGUCUUUUUGAAGCGCGCCCAGAUCCUCGCCGGCGACCUAAACGCCGCCCUCAAGCUGAACCUGGGGGGAAUCGAGCGGCUGACGACCUUUGCCGACUAUCGCGUUCCCCAGAUCCUCCGGCACCGGGGGGUCCUGGAGUACGCACCCGGGCUCGCUUCGAGGGUCGAUGGCCUGGUCGAGCUCGGCAAGGGAUCCUGCGACGAGGUCUCGAUCCGUGCGGCGACGGUCGUGGCGGUGGAAGAGCUGGUAGGGCUCCUGAACCAACCAAGCAAAAGGGGCGACGGAGGACAACCCCCCCCCGCCGCCGGGGGCUAUUCCGACGUCACCGUGGACUGGUACCUGUGGCAGGCAGGGGAAAAGAUGCACCGGGAGGGCGCGAUGAAGCCCUUUCACAAGGUCCGGACCCAUUAUUACUGAUUGCAACUACACUAAAAAUCGUUUGAAACCAAUCCGAAUGCAACCGAACGGCCGGUCUGCUUUUCUUUAUAGAAAUCAUUCUAGGACUUGAACAUAAUUUAUUGCUGACACUCAGCCGCAACGGAAUCGAAUCGUUGGAUGGAAACAGCCCACGGCAGUGACACAAAGGGCCGGCCUUCGCGCUUCGCGGACUCCGAUAGUGUGUUGCUACGAUCAAUAAAGAGGCCGGGCCGCCUGCCCGCCGCUAUGCUAUUUUCACUUAGGUUCCGUCGCCAUGGCCAUUCGCCGCACCCGCAAGUUUGGGCACGGUGCUCGGCGACAUCCGAUUUCUUGCUAUAUUUUUUCUUCUUCUUAAAUGCCGGCUUGCCAAUCCAGACACGGUUUUUCUUUGCCUUGUUCUCGAAAAGAAAUUCGUCAUUAUCAACAAAGUCGUGGAACUCAGGGAGAGUGGGAUCAGUUCUGGCAGUACCAAAACAAUUCUCGGUGCAACUCCUUCGUUACCUGCACUGCCGGAAAGGCCAGAUUCGUUCUUCUCAUUCUCACCUCGUCCGUUACCCCCACUGCCGCGAAGGGCAUGAGCGUCCUGACCAGCAGAAACCAGAGAAAAGGAAAUCAUUGCGAUCGCAAUGAAAAGCUUUGUUGAAGACAAAAUCGUGGUUGGCGUUUCUUGAGCAACUUUCGUUGGUUUUUAUCGGUUGGUACUUGCGGAAUGCGCAGUCGUUUCCUCAAAACAAUUUCACGUGCUUUCAAAAGUUGUUGGUAAAGCAUGUUGUUCGUUUGCGGUGCUCUACAAGUGGAAGUCAAAACGUGGUAUUUGAAUGACAAGGAAAAACAAUGCUAAUAUAUAUUGUUGCACGAA